CCCUAUAUUGGAACGUAGUUUCUCCACGAGAAAUCGAUAAAUUGGGUUACAUCACAAAAUGACAAUUUUUCGUGUGCGAUUGCUCAGGUGAGUGGUGACGACUUGUCGAGUCUGCGUCCCUAUCUGUGUCUCCGACGUCGACGACGGCGAAUGCCGACGGCUAAAUCAAAACCAAGGAAUUCUUACCGCGGAAGCGGGUUGACGGAAGUGUGUUGAUGGGGAUCCAUCAUGGAAAGGGCAAAUAGCACGGGACUGUGCUAUUGUCUGUCGCUGUUGUGUUGACUUGAUGCACAAAGACAGGCAAGCGUUCAGCUCACAAUUGAGAUUGAGUGUGACAAGGAACGCAGGGAGGCAAGACCACCACCGUUGUCAAAGAAGUAAGGAACGAGGUCUCAAAGGAUGCGAACUGUACCUUCUGAAGUCACUCCAUCAUGAUCACGGGGAUAGAACCGAGAGAAUCAGCUUUCUUCAUGAGGCUCUAAACCUUUGGUGGACUCUCAAUAGGAUCACAACGACGGAAACACAUAGGACAAAUUAUACUGAAUUCAUACAUGGGAAGACCUAAGUGACGCAUACUCCUGUCAGUGUUUUUAGGUUUGGAACUAUUUUCUCUUGCGGUCAGUUUAUAAGCGGGAGUACACUUAGGUCCCGCCUCUGUAAACUCACGAUCACUUGUGAGAUCCACAUAAUGAAUUAUUUGAAGUGGAUAAUUGCUGAUUGAUUCGGGAGGGGCCUUGUGUUGGCCGAGUCCUGCUGCAAGAUUUGAUUGAUUUUUGGAACUUCUCAAGUGUACCCGCCUUGCGACUAGUGCGUUUUAAGAUCGUUGCCGUCGUUGCUAUGCACCUAUCUACCGACGGCCGUCCAUGUGGUUGUUCACGCCAAUGAUACCGGGUUGAUGAAGAGGAUGGACGGUCUGGUGUUGUGGUACUGAUGGAAGUGGGAGAGAUACAGUGACGGGUCAUGUUGGUAACAGCUGCUAGGAGAUACGGCCAAUGUUAUAGCGUUGUUAUUGCUGUGUUGGGUUCCAUAUAGACGAUGUGACAUUGUUUCACUUCAGCACGGCGAAUUGCUCAUUUAGUGCUGCCCGAUGUACAUAUAUAUGUAUCACACUUUGAUUGCAGCUAUGGCAUGCUGACCCCGUAUCUGUGAGGUCGCAUAAUGUGGUAAUAUUGGAAACCACAUGCGCGGAUCAAUGGAGAAAACAUUUUUUCCAAACACAUGGGACUCUGUCCAACCCAGGAACAAGCCAAUCUGGUAAACGAUAUCUCUGACACUGGAUUGGACAUAGAAAUUAUUGACUCCAAUCCUUCUAUGCGCGUCACCAACUCAUUUUACAGAACUCCACUCGCCGGACGAAAAGAACGUUAAGCGCCUUGGCAACAAUGAUUAGAACUUCAGACACGGGAGGCAAUCCGUCACAGACGAGAUAUACAGACAUUCAUACAUAUGAACAGUCUUCUAGAUCACCCGCUCGUUGAGACCCUUGUUAUAGGAUAGUCAGGCGGCAACAAUUGAUAGCGGCCGAGUGAAUUCAAUUGGGGCUGAAUGGAACGCGAGAGAUCCACUCGCACGUCUUAGUAACUCGGGCCCCGUCAAUAUUUACGUCCCGACGAGGGUAGGUGUGUUAUGGUCAAGGAGGGGUCGUCCCGUGUUGUCGGAGUGUUGGCCACGUGGAUGUGAGGGUGACGGGCGCCAAGCUACCGGGGGACUCAACCAUGGAGGCCCGUAAUAAACUUCGGGAAUAUCUCACCAAGGGGAACGCGAAACAGCUGGCCAAGUUACUCAAGGACCUCCCUGUCCGAUCUGUCAGCCAGAGAGUCAACGAGGAACUGGAUGAGGACGGGACAACAGCUCUGAUUCUGUGUGCCAAAGCGUUGAAGGAGGGUGAUGGAGAUGCGGAGGAUUAUGCGGAGUGUUGUUUGCUGUUGCUUAAGAGCGGUGCCAAUGUUAGGGCAAAGACGACGGACGGUCAGACAGCCCUCCACUGGGCGGUCUCCUGUUGUACACCUACCCUGGCGGCGAUACUUCUAUCAGCUGGGGCUGACCCAAACCAGAAGGAUCAAAACGGGAUUAACGCUUUACAAUUAGCGAUUAAGGAAGGGAGCGCCGAAAAUGUGAAACUGAUUCUUGACAAACGGCCUCAGCUGGCUGACGAACGAGAUGAGUUUGGUGUGCCGCCUGUCAUCAUUGCUCUGCAGCAGUACCAGGAGGACAUAGUGCGCCACCUGGUGGAGGCAGGAGCAGACGUCAACAUUCAGGAAACGAGAAAUCUCAGAACACCUCUACAUUACGCACUGUACACAAAAAAGUUGAAGAUACUAGAAUUCCUAUUGGGUCACAAUCCGGACCUGACGAAAACUGACCAUCGAGGGACCACGAUAGUCCACCGGUCCAGUGCAAUACGAGACAAGCAGUACCUGGAGGCGGUCGUGAGGCUGAGCAAGGCUCCUCCAGACUCUCUGUGGAGGAUGGCGGACGAGGAGGGCAACACCGCCGUCAUGUUGUCGUGCCAGAACGACAACUACGACCAAUUAGUCAUCCUUCUGGAACAGGGGGCGACGGUAUCCGACCAUGACAAGUACGGACGAACAGCUUUACACCACUGUGUGGAGAAUACGGAAACAGAAUGUGCGGAGCUCCUUCUUCAAACGGACACCUCGUUAUUAAACACGCCGGAUAAGGAAGGUCUCACUCCUCUGCAUAUGGCCGCCAUUACCGGAAACAGCAACUUUCUCCGUCUGCUGCUAAAAAAGGGCGCGAAUCUGACAUGUCGUGACCAGGAAGGGCAUACAGUGGUUCACUGGGCAACAGUAACGGGCCAUACCGAGUGUCUGGAGAUCCUGAUCGACCACGACGCCGAUCUCUCCACCCCCGACAAACACAAGGCCCGCCCCAUCCACUACGCUGCUCAGAUAGCUCGGGAUGGCUUCAACACCCAGGGCAAGGAAGAUAGUACCCAGGUGCUCAGGCUGCUUCUCCAACACCAGGUGCCCUACGACAUCACCGACAAAGAUGGCCGCCAACCAUUAUUAUGGGCGGCUAGUGCAGGUAAUCCCCCUGCUUGUAAGAUUCUAGUUGAGGCUGGUGCCGACCCAAAUGUCGUCGACAACGAUGGAUUAACAGCUCUCCACUGUGCAGCAAGUCGCGGUCACACGUCCUGUAUGGAAACGCUGUUGUCGGAUUGCAAAGCCAAGGUGGACCCCGAGGACAGAAACAACUGCACGCCGCUAUUCUACGCCAUCACCCUCGGCAACAUCGACUGCAUGAAGAUGUUGGUGCAGCAUCGCGCCGACACGGCACACGUGGACAACAAAGGCAGAUCUCCAGCCCAUUGUGCCGCCCUUAAAGGCUCUCAAGAAGCUCUUCGGGUCCUUCUGAAGAAUAAAGCUGAUCUGUGGUCACCAAGUCAACAGGGGAACUACCCUAUACACGAGGCUACGCACGGGGGACAUGCUGAAAUUGUGAGAUUCUUCCUGGCCCAGAGUGGCAAUGACGAUGUUGUGGACCUAGCCAACGACGACGGUCGCACCUGUCUACACAUAGCAGCGCUAACCAACAACCUUAAUAUUUGUAAACUACUCUUAGAUGCUGACGCCAACGUCAACACCGUCAUGAUGAGCAAGGGAAAAUACUACACUCCUACAGACGCCGCCCUUCUGAAGGGACAUAGGGAGACGGGGGACUAUCUCAUCUCCAAAGGGGGCAAAAAGGGGAGCUUCAUCACCAACGAUGCUGCUAUUAUCAUUCAAAGAAACCUUAAGCUCAAAAGCAGGCUAAGGCCGACCUCUUCAACAAGGAGAGUCAAGUCCCCCAAGAGAAGGGAUUCUAAUAGGUUAGAGGUGUUGUCCCCAGAGAAGGUUGAGCCGAGAGAGGAGACAGAGGAGAUUCAUAUUGAGAGUGAAAAUGUGAAAGAGGAAGAUUCCAAACCCGCUCCUGUGUCAGCAACUGUGAAUUUACAGGUUCAGCGGAAGCAAACCCCUGAAAUUAAGGACGUGAAAUCAACGGACUCAAAGAAAACAGAGACUAAACCUGCAGAGAAAAAGAGCCCCAGUAGAAAUGAUGCUUCUGUGAAUACUGACAAUAAAUCGGCUUCCCCUAGGAAGGGGAUUCUGAAAUCAACCAAGGAGAACGGCAAAGAGAACGCAGAACCAAUGGGGUCGAGUCCUACAAAACAGAAAAAGAAAGAUGUGAAGGAUGUUCCUGAGGUCACUGCCACCAAUGGUACAGCAGAUACGAAUUCUCACAACAGUGUGGAUUCUGGGGAGUUUUACCGGGCUAGCUCUCAAAGGGAGAGCAAUACGUCCGAGCCAAGGUCUCGCUCCAGGAUGUCAAAGAGCAGCAGGAUACUGGCUCAGGAGGUACAGGCGAGUGUGAGGCGGUAUGAGGAGGAGAGACGAGCGGUCAGGGAGUAUCACCAAUUAAGGAGGGCACAAAUCUACACCGGCCCGCUCUACGACAUCGCCCUCUUCAGCAGCAGCUUCCACCAGAACAACAGGGAAGAUGCUUUCGGUACCCAUGACAACGACCGACCGGCCAAGAGGCAAACUUUCUACACAAUGUCGCAGUCCAGUGAACAUGUCAACGGUGACAUGGAGUUCUCGACUCGGACUGACGAUCACACUCACGCGAGAAAGGCACAGAAGGCAAAAGGGAAAUCAGAUUCCAACAUUGCGAGGCAGCCAUCAUCGAGGAAGCCAAAGAAAAUGAACCAAAAUGUCAACGAGGACAGACACCAUAAGGACAAGGAUGUGGAACAACUGGCCAAUCAGACCGAGCAGCUGUAUACUGACCUCAACAACAAGGCGGCGGCCAGCGUCCAGUCUGCCAGACAGAUGAACAAUGAACUCAGGUCUUCGUUUGACCAGGAUGCCAACAGGGGCAAGAGGGCCACGCCACAGAACGGGCAUAGUGGCGAAAACGAAACGAAGAAGAGUCGGAGGGAACGACAGCGAGAUGAGCAGAAACGCAGAGAGGAGGAGUUUCACCGGCUGCUGGUGAAGGCCUACAGACCCGAGACAUGCUUGCCGGAACAGAAAGGUAAAGACGGCUCAGGACGAGGUAGAAACACUUCCUUGGGUCUAACCCGGUCUAAGACCAUGGUGUCUACACAGGGUACCCCCUCCCCCUCCAGACCUGUGUCCGUCUACUCCAAGCGCUCCACCGCCAGUCAGCCACGUCCAUCCAGGCCGACCACCACCGUCAUGACCCCCUAUGGCACACGCAAGGUCCCCAUCGGGGAACCAACAGUCCUUCCUGUGAUUGACACGAAACACGACGAGAAGACGAAACUAAAUGGGAAACAUCAACCCUCUCCCCAAAAGGAGUCUGAAGUUUGACGACUCUUGGUUCUACCGUGUCUUGGAGCCAGCAGUACUGCUGUUACUAUUUAUUAAAGAUCUCUGUGAUAAACUUUGUGGUUGUUUGCGUGACAGCCAUGUCUGAAAGUGUGUGGAAGGAAUUUCAUGACGUCAUGAUUCAUUUACAAAUCAGUAGUAGGGUUAGUGGUAUGAUUUAUAGAUUUAAACAACAAAUACGGCAUGAAAAUGUUUCACAAAAUGAUAACCCAGCUGAUUUAAAAAUCAUGUUUUGUGCAGACACCGGUCGUGAAUUUCCGUGUCCACUCGUACCAUUCCGUUACGAGUGGUGACCAAUACAGACUAUCGAUUGUGGACAGUGAGAACCUUUAUCAUUUACAUUUCAAUUCAAUGGAAUUUUGAUUCGCUUCUGUUUCGG